GUCGUCCACUGAUCGUCCAGUUGGCAGGACACCUCGCGCUCUAACAUUCCCCACACAACAUUGUUCCACUACUUCACAUUCUUCUGAAGGAGGAGGAUGAGUGUGAGGGGAGAGAGCUGUCAGCUUCCAGAGGAAGUGUUGGUGCUGCCUCGUGUGUUUGAGUGUGUGGUGAUGGGUCACCCAGCAUCACCAGCCGUCAAGGAUGCUGCCACUCACCACUCCUGGACCACCUACCAUAACCUCAACCAGAGUGCCAAUAAGCUAGCAAGAUGUAUACUGAAGCGCUUGGUUAACACUGAGUGUUACAACCCUGACGGUGACCGUGUGGUGGCAGUAUGUAUGACACCGUCGUCACAACUGGUGACAGCACUGCUCGCCAUACACAAGGCUGGAGCAGCGUACCUGCCGCUGGAUGUGACGUUCCCCGAGUCCCGUGUGGCACACAUCCUGCAGGAUGCCAGACCUGCUCUGCUGCUUGUUCAAGGUGAGCCUGCAGCACUGCAGGGUGCCCACACCAGCCCACAACUGGAGAACAAGGUGCCCAUCCUGCACCUGGAAGAUCUACACUCAGAGGUCGAGGAAGAAAGAGGUGAUGACUUGAGUGUUGGUGAGGUUGGUGCGAGUGUGAGUGGGUCGUCCAUCGCCACAAUAUUGUAUACCUCAGGAUCAACAGGAGUACCCAAGGGUGUGAGACUGUCUCACCGAGCAAUAUUUAACCGUCUCUCCUGGCAGUGGAAGACCUUCCCUUACCAAACACAAGAG